AUGGAGGGGAAAACUAUGGGAGAACCUACUCACGUGGUAUCUAAAUUCAAACUUUCUGCCAAGGUAGAAAGCACUGGACACUGGCUGGUGGAAGAUAAUGCUCGAAUAUGGGAAGUUUUAAAGACAGAGGAGAGCUCGAUUCAGGACUGGGGUGAAGAGGUAGAGGAAGGAGCUGUUUACCAUGUUACCCUCAAAAAAGUCCAGAUCCAACAGGCUGCCAAUAAAGGAGCAAGAUGGCUAGGGGUUGAAGGGGACCAGCUGCCUCCAGGACACACAGUCAGUCAGUAUGAGACCUGUAAGAUCAGGACCAUAAAAGCUGGCACCUUGGAGAAGCUUGUGGAGAACCUGCUGACUGCUUUUGGGGACAAUGACUUUACCUAUAUCAGCAUUUUCCUGUCAACAUACAGAGGCUUUGCCUCCACUAAAGAAGUGCUGGAACUGCUGCUGGACAGGUACGGAAACCUGACAAGGCCAAACUGUGAAGAAGAUGGAAGCCAAAAUUCUUCAGAGUCUAAGACAGUGGUCAGGAAUGCAAUUGCCUCAAUCCUGAGAGCCUGGCUUGACCAGUGCGCUGAAGACUUCCGAGAGCCCCCUCACUUCCCUUGCUUGCAGAAACUGCUGGACUAUCUCAAACGGAUGAUGCCGGGCUCUGACCCAGAGAGAAGAGCACAAAAUCUCCUUGAGCAGUUUCAGAAGCAAGAUGUGGAAACUGACAAUGGGCUUCCCAACACCAUCUCCUUCAGUUUGGAAGAGGAAGAGGAACUGGAAGGUGGAGGGUCAGCAGAGUUCACGGUCUUCUCAGAAGAUCUCGUGGCAGAACAGCUGACCUAUAUGGACGCGCAACUAUUCAAGAAAGUAGUGCCUCACCACUGCCUGGGCUGCAUUUGGUCUCGAAGGGAUAAGAAGGAAAACAAACAUUUGGCUCCUACAAUCCGUGCUACCAUCUCUCAGUUUAAUACCCUCACCAAAUGCGUUGUCAGCACCAUCCUGGGGGGCAGAGAACUCAAAACUCAGCAGCGAGCCAAAAUCAUCGAGAAGUGGAUUAACAUUGCUCAUGAAUGUAGAAUCCUGAAGAAUUUUUCCUCCUUGAGGGCCAUCAUUUCAGCACUGCAGUCUAAUUCCAUCUAUCGGUUGAAAAAGACUUGGGCUGCUGUCCCAAAGGACCGAAUGCUGAUGUUUGAAGAGCUUUCAGAUAUCUUCUCAGAUCAUAAUAACCAUUUGACCAGCCGGGAGCUGCUGAUGAAGGAAGGAACCUCAAAAUUUGCAAACCUGGACAGCAGUGUGAAAGAAAAUCAGAAGCGGACUCAGAGGAGGCUUCAGCUCCAGAAGGACAUGGGUGUGAUGCAGGGAACCGUGCCCUACUUGGGCACCUUCCUGACUGACCUGACCAUGCUCGACACAGCUCUUCAGGAUUACAUUGAGGGUGGGCUAAUAAACUUCGAGAAAAGGAGAAGGGAAUUUGAAGUGAUUGCCCAAAUAAAGCUCUUACAGUCUGCCUGCAACAGCUAUUGUAUGACUCCAGACCAAAAGUUCAUCCAGUGGUUCCAGAGGCAGCAGCUCUUAACAGAGGAGGAAAGCUAUGCCCUCUCAUGUGAGAUCGAAGUGGCAGCCGACAGCAGUGCCACCUCGCCCAAGCCUCGGAAGAGCAUGGUGAAGAGGCUCAGCCUACUGUUUCUGGGCUCGGACAUUAUCACCAGUAGCACUCCCACCAAAGAGCAGCCCAAGUCCACUGCCAGUGGGAGCUCUGGCGAAAGCAUGGAUUCUGUCAGCGUGUCAUCUUGCGAGUCAAACCACUCAGAGGCUGAGGAAGGCUCUAUCACUCCCAUGGACACACCUGAUGAGCCCCCCAAAAAGCUCUCUGAAUCCUCUUCCUCAUGUUCCUCUAUCCAUUCCAUGGACACAAAUUCCUCAGGGAUGUCAUCCUUAAUCAACCCUCUCUCCUCUCCUCCGUCCUGCAACAAUAACCCUAAAAUCCACAAGCGCUCCGUCUCUGUGACAUCCAUUACCUCGACAGUGCUGCCUCCUGUUUACAACCAGCAGAACGAAGACACCUGCAUCAUCCGCAUCAGUAUAGAAGACAACAAUGGCAACAUGUACAAGAGCAUCGUGUUGACGAGCCAGGAUAAAACCCCCGCCGUGAUCCAGAGAGCAAUGCUGAAACACAACCUGGACUCAGACCCAGCUGAGGAGUAUGAACUGGUGCAAGUCAUCUCAGAGGACAAAGAACUAGUGAUCCCAGACUCGGCAAAUGUCUUUUAUGCCAUGAACAGCCAAGUGAACUUUGACUUCAUUUUACGCAAAAAGAAUUCCGUGGAAGAGCAAGUGAAGCUGCGUAGCCGGACCAGCUUGACAUUGCCCAGGACAGCUAAGCGGGGCUGCUGGAGCAACAGGCACAGCAAAAUCACCCUCUAAAGGGAUGGACCAAGUGGCGCCUUGCUUGCCAGAGGCACAGUGGGGCUGGGAACAAGCAGUGGUGAUUGCAGCUACCAUCCAGUGUUAGAGGAUCAAUGGUGAAAUCAACAGAUAUUUAUUGAGUACCUACUGUGUGCAAGGCACAGCGAUAGGCAUUGUGGGGAAAUUAGAAAUGAAUUUGAUGGGAAAAGGAUGAAUAAUUCACUGAUUCUCUUUGGCCUAUUUGAGACUGGAAUGCAAAAUUGCAAAAUUAUCCACAUUUAUAAAUAUAUAUAUAUACAUACUUGGUGUGUGUGUGUGUGUGUGUCUGUGUGUGUGUGUGUGUGUAUGAGGGACUUUAUAGAAUAUUCUGGACUAUGGGAAAACAGAUUUGCACAAUGGCCUGGGAAGUUGAGGUCACUUUUUACAGGGAGAUAAAAGGAACUGAGAACCUUCUCAUACUUCCAAGUAAACGGAAUCAAUCCUAGAAUACAGUAUGUCCUUUAUUCCAGUAUUACAAGAACUCCAAACUUUAUUUUUGUAAAGGGAGAGAAUUACUUUCUCAAUCAAGUGCCACCAGAAAAGAAUAGCUUCAGAGGGUGGACCUGCCACAGGCUGAAUGAAAGGCCUUUUUGCAAAGGGUUUGGAUGAGCCAGUGGCCUUCAACCUCUACCUGUUAUCUGCCACUUUCUGCUGCCCCAGGGAUGGGGAGAAGGAGCUCCUGAGACCCACUCUGACCCCCUGGCCUCACCGUCGCUUUUUCGGAAUCAACACAAGCCCAUUUUGAUUUCUGGCAACCAUGUCGUGUUUCUGUCCCCCUGCCUCCCAGGGCAUACCACAAUCUUUAUUGCACAAAUAGCCAUGUUCUUUGGUAACUGAUGGGCUUUUCAGCCAGAAAAGAAAGAAAGCGUAAAAGAAUUGUGAAUCAUUUAGACUCGUUAUUUGUCUUGGAGUGUCAUUACUUCAUUGCCUUUUCUGAAUGCCUUUUGCAUGUAAAACUGUAUGUCUGGAUUCUUUUGCCACCUGGAUCAUAGUACCUCUUUAUUAUGUGCAAUUUGUUUCUCAGGUGUAGAAAUUUCUACUGCGAUUGACUAUAUUUGAUCAUUUUGAGCCUGUGAAAGAUUUCUGAACAGUGAUUGCCCUGUUUAUGAGCCCCGCUGAAGAUGUUCCCUGCUGAUAGCAAUGUCCUGUUCUAUUAGUAACUUUUAUAGCAUUACUGUGCCUAGUUAUGGGGAAAGAAAUGGGCUGCAUCUAUUGUCUAAAUCAUUUCUUGAAGAGGUACAUUCUUCCAGAUGGAAUCAGUAACUUUUUUUUCAGGUCCCCACAUGCUAUCACAGUGUCACUGUUAGUGACAUUUUUUGUCUCUAGUAACACCAUCAUGCUCUCCCUUUCAAAUCUGAGCCAUGCUGGGGUUUGAACUAAAAAGCCAUAUGUGGGAUGUUGAAAUGUGUAAGAAGCACUUUCAGAAUGUUGUCCUUUUUAAGAAAAAAUUCUCAAAAUACCAGUUUUUAUUCAAAAAAUAAAGAGAAUGAAUGCAGAUUACGAA